GACAAUUCUUCUAUCGAUUGGUUGUGUCUGCACGUGGAAUCAAACAUGGCGGCGACUCCAACAACGAACCCGUCCCAGCUGCUCCCGCUCGAGCUCGUGGACAAAUGCAUCGGCUCCCGGAUUCACAUCGUCAUGAAAACGGACAAAGAGAUCGUCGGCACCCUUCUGGGUUUCGAUGAUUUUGUCAAUAUGGUCUUGGAGGAUGUGACAGAGUUUGAAAUCACACCAGAGGGACGGAGGAUAACCAAACUGGACCAGAUCCUCCUGAACGGCAACAACAUCACCAUGCUCAUACCUGGAGGAGAAGGUCCUGAAGUCUGAAUCCCAGGGACACUUGUGUUUUGCCUACGUUGUGUUUCUUAGUUGUUUAAAUCAUUAUUGUUGUUGGUCUUUCCUCUUCAUCUUUUAAGGAGGAAAAUAUUUUUGUGGCAAGAUGCCUCAUUGAUUUUGUUAAUAAAAAAUAAAAAAAGAUAAAUGAGACAUUAACAAUGAAUCACAUUUAUUAAAAAGUUUUGUUACAAAUAAAUCAGUGACUCUCA